AAAACUUAUAUAGUUCCCCAAUUCAAGCCUCACAUUGGUUUAGGAGAAGAAAAAACCCAUAAAGCUACACACAUAACACAACACUUUCUUCUUCCGAAUUCCCCUAAUUGUGUGCCCUAGAUUUUCUCUACCCACCACUUUCCCCAAAAUCCAUUCGAUUAGGGUUUUUUUCUCCAUGGAUUCUGAUGAUAUGCAUGAUGCCAACGAUGUUGAAUCCCUCGAUGACGAUUUCUACAGUGGUGAAACCGAAGAUGCUCCCAUGGAUGACUACAGCGACGACUACGAUGAUGAUAAUAAUAAUAAUAAUAAUAAUGAUGCUGAUGAUGAUUACUUUGAUGAUGGUGCUGAUGAUUCUGCUCAGUCUCGGAGUACUGAGAUAAAUUUUGCCAUAUUGAAAGAAUCAGAUAUCCGGGAUCGGCAGGAAGAUGAUAUCAGUAGUGUCGCAACAGUUCUUUCCAUACCACCAGUUGCUGCAAGCAUCCUACUUCGUCAUUACAAUUGGAAUGUCAGUAAUGUUAAUGAUGCUUGGUUUGCUGACGAAGACAGAGUCCGAAGAAAAGUUGGCUUGUUGGAGAAGCCAGUUUACGAGAAUCCUGAUGCCAAAGAGCUUACUUGCGGCAUCUGUUUUGAAGCUUAUCGUCCUUCUAAGAUUCACAAUGCUUCUUGCGGCCAUCCGUACUGUUUUUCAUGCUGGGGAGGAUAUAUUGGCACUUCAAUUAACGAUGGUCCUGGAUGCUUGAUGCUGAGAUGUCCUGAUCCUGCUUGUGGUGCUGCUGUUGAUCAAGAUAUGAUUAAUCUUUUAGCAUCUGCUGAAGAUAAACAGAAGUAUGACCGUUACCUUAUUAGAUCUUACAUUGAAGACAAUAAAAAGACCAAGUGGUGUCCUGCUCCUGGUUGUGAACAUGCAGUUAAUUUUGAUGCUGGUGGUGAAAAUUAUGACGUAUCUUGCCUCUGUUCAUAUAGCUUUUGCUGGAAUUGCACUGAAGAGGCUCAUCGUCCAGUGGAUUGUGGCACAGUGUCGAAGUGGAUUUUGAAAAACAGUGCAGAAUCCGAAAACAUGAACUGGAUACUUGCUAACUCGAAGCCGUGUCCCAAGUGCAAGAGACCGAUUGAAAAAAACCAAGGGUGCAUGCAUAUGACAUGUACUCCACCUUGCAAAUUUGAAUUUUGCUGGCUAUGCCUUGGUGCAUGGUCAGACCAUGGUGAAAGGACUGGCGGUUUCUACGCUUGCAAUCGUUAUGAAGCAGCUAAACAAGAGGGGGUGUAUGAUGAAACUGAAAAAAGAAGAGAAAUGGCAAAGAAUUCAUUGGAGAGGUACACACAUUAUUAUGAGCGGUGGGCUAGCAACCAAUCUUCAAGGCAAAAAGCUCUUGCUGAUCUACACCAGAUGCAAACUGUUCAUAUGGAGAAGCUUAGUGACACACAAUGCCAACCUGAGUCACAACUUAAGUUCAUAACCGAGGCUUGGUUACAGAUAGUUGAGUGCAGGCGGGUAUUGAAGUGGACAUAUGCAUAUGGAUACUAUUUAGCCGAGCAUGAGCAUGCUAAAAAGCAGUUCUUUGAGUACUUGCAAGGCGAGGCAGAAUCAGGUUUGGAGAGACUUCAUCAAUGCGCCGAAAAGGAACUCCAAGUAUUCCUCAGUGCUGAAGGCCCGUCUAAAGAAUUCAACGAUUUUCGCACCAAACUAGCUGGAUUGACCAGUGUGACUAAAAACUUCUUCGAGAAUUUGGUCAGGGCAUUAGAGAAUGGUUUAUGUGAUGUGGAUAGUAAUGGAGCUGCUACAAGCAAAGCAACGAGUUCAAAAAAUGCGGCAGGGAGCAGUAAAGGAAAAAGCGGAAGAGGAAAGGGGACGAAAGCUACCGUGUCCAGCAGAUUAACUGAUGAUAAUGAGUGGUCUUGUGAGCAAUGUACCUAUGCAAAUGUUGGAUCUGCCACCGCAUGCGCGAUGUGCAAUCAAGAGCGGCAAUGACCCACUAUAAACACAUGUCUUCUGCUCAAAGGCCAACACACCAAAAGCUGAAACGGAGUCGGUAAUCUUAUUUAUGCGCUGGUUUCUUUUUGUAAGGUUAUUUAAUAUCUAAUAUAAACAGGAUGAAGGGGGUGAGUCACGCAAGAUAUGUUAUCCUCCUUGCACUCCUUUUGGGUACAUUCCUAAUUUGAUGUAUAUAGUUUUUUUUUUUAUCUCCAAAUUUACAUAUUGGUUUUAUGCAACAGGCUUCUGUAACUGAACAUCUUAUAUGGCACAUGCUGUAGAUGAACACAAAUAUGCUUGUUUGUGACCUGAUUUCUUCAGUAAAUUUAUCUGCAGCUUCUUUAAGUUA